AUUUGCCUUGUUGGGGUACUAGCAUGCAGGUGUGGGAGCCGUCGACCCGCGCGCUCACGAGCGCUGCCAAGGACGUCGCCGUGCUGCUCCGAGGAAAGAACUACCUCCGCGACCAGAAGGCCUUCAUGGCCCACCUGCGCGCCGACGCCUUGCGCCACACGGCCUGGACGUCCUGCGUCGUCGUGGUCUUUGAUGGCCUCUUUCGGCGCAACCCGGACGAGGACAAAGCGACCGACAACGCGCUCAUCACGCACGCGAUCGUACCGUGGUGCGAGUCUUUUGGCCGAGCCGUCACGUACGUGACCAUCACGCGGAUGCUCGAAGCCUAUUGCGUCGAGUCGCUCCCGCUACGCCUCGCAGGCAAGCUCAUGAAGAACUUGUACACAUCGUCGCUGCGAAAGAUGAUUCGAUACCAAGACAAGGCGCUCGUUGCCAAGCUCAUGCUCAAGACCACGGCGCGUGCGUCGCUCCUGACGCACCUUGCGAUCUUUCUCGUCGAGCAGGUCUACCUCUUGGCGGGCAACCCAACGCUCGUAGACGUUACGAGAGCGAGCGUCAAGAAUGCCCAUCGGUGUGUCUUGGCGAUCGCCGGUGCUUCGUUGGGUGCGGCCGUCGGGUCGCUCAUCGAGCCCGGGCGGGGCACACUCAUCGGAGCGAUGAUCUGCGAAGACCUCUUUACGAGCGACCACUUGAGCAACCACAUCUUCUUCCAUGGCGAGCGGCACUUGGACUUCGCAGCCAAACGACUCUAGAUCUUGUAACUCGUGUACAACCCUGUCCUUUC